AUGACUGAUACCUUUGAACAAGUUUCCUUUGAGGAAGAACCUGUAAUUCUAGAAAAUGAGGUGAAAGCUGCCCUGAAAAUAUUCAAGAUUAAAGCAGUCCAAUUGGCUGAGAAACUCCUUCCUGCCUUUAACACACCUACUGGGAUUCCCUGGGCAAUGGUGAAUCUUAAAAGUGGAGUGGGGCGAAACUGGGGUUGGGCAUCUGCGGGUAGCAGCAUUCUUGCUGAAUUUGGCACAUUACAUAUGGAGUUUGUCCACCUCAGCUACUUGACAGGGGACCCGAUUUACUACAAAAAGGUCAUGCACAUUCGGAAACUACUUCAGAAAAUGGAUCGUCCAAAUGGUCUUUAUCCAAAUUAUUUGAAUCCAAGAACAGGUCGCUGGGGUCAGUAUCAUACAUCAGUUGGUGGGCUGGGAGACAGUUUUUAUGAAUACUUACUGAAAGCAUGGUUGAUGUCAGAUAAAACAGACCAGGAGGCGAGAAAAAUGUAUGAUGAUGCUGUUGAGGCUAUCGAAAAACAUCUUAUUAAGAAGUCCCGUGGAGGUCUUACCUUUAUUGGAGAAUGGAAGAAUGGUCAUUUGGAAAAGAAGAUGGGGCAUUUGGCUUGCUUUGCUGGGGGGAUGUUUGCACUAGGAGCAGAUGGUUCCAAGGACAAAGCCGGUCACUAUUUAGAACUAGGGGCGGAAAUUGCACGUACAUGUCAUGAGUCAUAUGACAGAACUGCAUUGAAGCUCGGUCCCGAAUCCUUCAAGUUUGAUGGUGCCGUAGAGGCUGUGGCAGUCCGGCAGGCUGAGAAGUAUUACAUCCUCCGUCCAGAAGUCAUCGAAACUUAUUGGUACCUAUGGAGAUUCACUCACGAUCCACGAUACAGGCAGUGGGGCUGGGAAGCAGCACUGGCUAUUGAAAAGUACUGCCGCGUCAGUGGUGGAUUUUCUGGGGUGAAGGACGUGUACUCCUCUACACCUGCACACGAUGAUGUGCAACAGAGCUUCUUUCUUGCUGAAACAUUAAAGUAUUUGUACCUGCUGUUCUCCGGUGAUGACCUUUUACCUUUAGACCACUGGGUGUUCAAUACAGAGGCUCACCCUCUGCCCGUGUUGCAUUUAGCCAACACCACACUUUCAGGAAACCCUGCUGUUCGAUGAAAGCAGCCCCAGAAAGACCAUUCUCACCUGUGUUUUGUUUACAUGGACCACUGCAGAAGUCAGUCUGGAGAGGGGACAUUUGGAAACCUGGACCUCUGGCGUCAGCGUGGCAGGGCGAACCACGACUCACUCCCCAGAAGACUUUGCCACUUGUACAUAUCUCAGCUUUGAAAGAAUUCCAUUUUGUACCUGACCAAACCAUACUCCGGUAUGUGUAGGACAGAGACCUGACGUGCUGUGAUUCUUAAGGAGGUGGUCAUGGGAGAAAUUCUGCCUGUUGCUAUGAUACUGCUUUUAGAGUCCUGGAAUCCGGAGACCUCACUCCCUAAGAAGCAGCCAAGAAUGGGGGGCGUGUCGCAGGAGCGAGAGGUGGCCUUUGGAACCAGUUUAUAUUUGUUUCCUCCCACAGAGGAGCAGCUUUCAAGUCAGAUAUGUACACAUUGUUUACCCCUUUUUCCUCCAUCUUUCACAAUGGAAUGACAGGAACGAGAGAACGGCAGAGCUGCACCGACAGCAAGAAGACUUGGCAAAGAAACAGAAACACCUCUUCCUGCCUGAGCUUUCGCGUUCCCCGUCGGGCAGCCAGACCGGCAGCCAUUUCAAAUCCCAGUCUGUUCCAUUGAAACUUCUUGGUUAAAUUUCGUUUUCUCGGGGGCACGAUCUCACAAAGAAUGUCCUUCAAGUCUUUGUGUCUGUAUGGAACCGUUGAAACUGCUGUUUGUCAUAACCGCUUAGGAGCCUAGGCUUGGGAUUUCGUGCAUGUGGUCCAGUCUAGUGUCGCUAGCAUGACAGGAAGUGGGGGAAAUGCCACAGUUGGUUGCCUUGAAACCUGUUCUAGGAGAAAGCCUUGGUUUUGUUGGUAGGGGAUGAUUUUCCUAAACCAGCAAAUCUACCAAGAAAGUUUUAUCCAUUUUAACCUCAUUAUAAACUUAGUAGCAUCCCUUAACUUACAACUUUAUUUAUGUGGCUUGGCCAAAUUCACGAUACUGUUAUGCUCUGAAUUUACCUUGAUGAGUCAAAUUACUUUUACAACUUAACUAAAUCAAAGACAAAAUACAGUCUAAAUAGUCUAUCUGAAAUGGGGACAGGGGAUCCUUUAUUUAUUUUCUCAUCAGAUGAGUGAGCUUUUCACCAAUAUUUUAUGUAAGAAAUAAAUUCAACUUUUAUUUUCUCUAAGGAUAGUUAUAGAAGUCCAAAGAGUUAAUCAAAAUAGCUUCAAAAUAAUUUUUAGUGAUAAAAUUGUGGUGUAAUUAAUUGUAUUACACUAAAUUUGGGAUAUAGCUAAGGGACUUGCUCUUACCAUCAAUAGAUUUCGCAAAAAGAACUUAAAUUUUAUCAAGAACUAUAUUGUAAGAUAAAUAUCUAACACUUAUAAAUCUUCUGUCCCUGGAAUUUAUGUCACAGUGCAAGACAAUUUUUCUUCUUUACAUUUAAUGCAAACAGCUCCCAUUGAGAAUAAACGUUGGGAGGAGUAUAAUUAGGCUAAUCUUUACUCUGCAUUUGAAGCUUUCAUGAAACAAUGUUUCUGCAAGAAGCCCACCUUGGAAUUCUGAGGGCUUAUUUCCUUAUUUUGAUAGCUUUUCUUUUUAAAUUUUUAUGAGCAUGUGGUAGAUUUAAAUUGGGAAAAGAUUUAAUAAAUCAAUGUAAUUUAUUGUUUUCCAACGGGGGUCAUCUUAUGCCACAACUAGUCAGACAAUGCUUACAGUUGAGCCCAUGAUCAGUAUUGAUAACCACCCCGAGACUUUCCCGUGUACAUCGAAAACGGGGGUGUGGAGCCAGUUGCGUUAUUUAAGUCUUUAAGAGAGUUACAUCUUAGCACAUAUUUUGAAAUUGUAAUAUCUUCUACUACUUGAACAAUUAAAAAUUUUAAAGAAGGGUAGAUGACUAAGUUCAGAAGAGAAAGGGAAAGUAUUUGGUUCUCCAAAAAAAGGGAACAGCUCAAGUUGGCAAGGACCCAGAGCAGCUGUGUAGAUGACGACGAAGCCUCCCUCGCUUUGUUUAGAAAAUGCAGUGAAGGGGCCUUCUUGGUUCCCAGGAGCUUGUCAAGGAAUGAGAAGACAGAAGCCCCACUCCUAAGUGCUCUGUCGCUUUCUCAGGUGACUGAAGCUUGAGAGAAGGGAGACGUGGACGAGCAUGGCCAGUUCCGGCACAAGCAGAGACUGACAGGGACAGUGGGAGGGUCCUCACCACCCACCCGCCUGCCUGCCUGUGAUUGAUGAGAAGACUAGAGCUUAUAACAGUGCUUCCGUUUUUUUCUUCUGAAUACCAAAGGCGAUUAAAGUCAGCUACAAAUGA